UUUUUAUAUAGAAUCGUUUCUUAUGAGGAACGUUUGGGGAGUGUAGUUCUUGUAUUCAUUAGUAGACUGCCAGAGGAAUAAAAUAUAAUUAACGGUGAUUCAAAACCAAGUAGAGGGAAAUGAUGAAUUAUUAACGGUAGACUAACUUGUUUAGACGGCCAGGUUUAAGUAAAAUUUUCUGAAGAAUUGACUGCUCUUUUGAUUGUGAACAUGCCAUGCACUUGAGUAUGAACCACUUCCAACAUGGACGAUAUUUAUAUUAAUCUAAAUUUUCUGACUGAGUCUGAGAGAGAUGCUUUGCAAGAUGUUUUAGCUCGAGAUGAAGUGUUCAGAAAACAGGAAAAAAAGAGACUAAGCGAAUUAAAGAAAGAGUUAGACGGUGUAAAAAAGUCUGGAGCUAUAUCAGAUACUUCGGAUUCAACAGCUAAAGUUUGUGCAAGGUGUCAUGAAAGUUUUGGAGUGCUGUUCAACACUGGUGCUUUUUGCCCAAAAUGUAAGGCUAGAGUUUGUAAAAAUUGUCGAACUCCUCUGAAGGAUUCAUGGUUGUGUACUUUGUGUGGGAAAGUCAGGGAUGUGAAAGCUAAGUCUGGAGCAUGGUUUUACGAACAGGCAAGGACAAAGGGUGAGGCACGGACACUAUUUGGUACAUCAUUGAUUAGAGCCUCUUUGAAGAGAGGAAAAGCCUCGACUAAGAGUAAAGACGGCAUUGCAGAUGAGCCCCCAGCACCGCCCGUGAUUGGCUUAAACCCAGAAAGCCAUGAGAAACUUCAUCGACCAAUCCCAGUCCACAUGUCAGCCAUUCGUGAAACUGAAGCUAAUGACUCCUCGUACCAUACAGCAGAAUCAGCCGAUGACAACGAGACUCAUGAAGUAAACAAGAACUACAUCAAACCAUAUGCGAAGGCUGUGCCUGUUAAAAGGGAUAGCCAUAAAGAUGAGAGCCCUGCAGAAACAUCUUCUGGAUCUUCGACCCCAACGUAUGUCCACGAAACUUCUAAAGGAAGCGACACGAUACAUAACGAUUCGUUCCAAAACGAGCGAGAAAAAGCGGAGGACGAUUACUAUGACGACGACGAAGAAGAAGAAAAACCCGUUUUUGAUUACCUCAACGAAGACGAACAUUCUCCUCAGAAAGAACAGAAUAACCAAGGGCAACAUGAUGGAGAUGGUGAUGAGAAAAGCUUAGAUGAUUCCGACGAAUAUAAAUCAAUAGCAAGUCAGGGGUCGGGUCAGGGAUACCAUUAUAAUAGUGGUAGUCGGGAUCAUUAUCCGUUACCAGGAAUGAAAGAUGAGUAUUCGCCACCACAAAGAGGUUCGACGGCUUAUUCACAGGAUAGUUUGAGUGUUAGCAAAGAAUGGACUUUAAGCACGGAAUCAAACGCAGAAUCAGUAGACUCAUUUCGAACGGCAGAGGUCCAAACGCCCUCUGAGACCACGUCCCAUUCAGACUUCAAUACACCGACGCAGUCACUACCAAGUGAUAACGAAUCCGACUUUAUUGAUGCUCGAGACACGGCGCAUGUACCCCCAGAAAACGAGGAUCAUUAUGAUGGUUACACUCUAGAAGAAACUUACACUGGUGGGGGAAAAGUAGUCCCGCCCGAGAUAGUAACGACUGCAGUAGAUGAUAAUAUACCUGGAUAUAAAAACAAUGAAAACGAUGAACCUGUCGAAGAUAUCGAUCAAGCUUUUGCUGAGUAUGGAGUAGAUGUUAAUAACCGAAGUCUGUCUGAUCGUUUUGAUAUGGGAAGUCGUGAAAGUAUCGUGAGUUACUACAGCGAGGCAGGCGAAGGUCACUAUGGUAACAUCCCAAUCACUGGGGAAGUACAGUUUGGACUCAAGUAUAACUACAGGGUUGGCAAGUUAGAGGUUCAGGUUCACCGCGCGAAAGACAUAGCACCGGUUGACACCAAGAAAAACCGAUCAGACCCGUACGUGAAGGCCUACCUGUUGCCUGACAAGACCAAGGGAGGAAAACGUAAAACCAAAGUGAAAAAGAACACAUUGAAUCCAGAAUUCGACGAGAUACUAUCUUUUAAGACAAGUUUCGAUGAAAUGCUGACACGUUCUCUUUGGUUGUGUGUCUGGAAUCACGAUCGUUUUGGACACAAUGAUUUCCUUGGAGAGGUCCUGCUUCCUAUGGCGUCGUACGAUGAGUCUGGGUUCUCCUGGGAAGACCCUUCUCCUCAAUGGUAUCCUCUACGAGAAAGGCGACCAGAACAUUCUCUAAUGGAAUACAGCGGCGAGUUAGUCAUUGCACUAAUGUACGUACCUCAAGAAAGAAUCAAACCAAAGAAAGGAAAAAAGAAAAAGGAAGGAGGAGAACUACACGUUCAAAUCAAGGAAGGACACAACCUCAAAGCUAAAGAUGCUAAUGGAUUUUCUGAUCCUUUCUGCAAGAUAUAUCUACUACCAGACAAGAGCAGAAAGACAAAACGGAAAACCCAGACGAUCAAAAAGAACGUGAACCCCAAAUGGAACAUCUCCUUCGUUUACGAACACCUUACAUUGGAAGACCUUAUGGACCGCUCCUUGGAGGUAACAGUGUGGGACUGGGAUAGAGGAACGAGUAAUGAUUUCUUGGGAGGACUGCGUUUGGGAAUGGGUGCUAAGACGGAGACAUGGGAUGACGCGGAGGGCGAAGAGAUCGCGGCGUGGCAGAAGAUGUUGGAUAAUCAUAAUGAAUGGAACGAAAGCACUAUUGCACUAAGGUCUUUACCUCGGUUUCACGACAAACCUGCAACAGACAGCGACUCAGAACAACGACCUGAUAAAGAAAAACACGACAAGCCUGCGACAGACAGCGACUCAGAACAACGACCUGAUAAAGGAAAACACGAAGAAAACCCGAAAGAAUCUUCAGACACCGAAACUAAAGCGACGAAGAAAGAAGAAAAUCCAAAGCCCUCAGAAAAACAAGAAAAAAAUAAGGAAGGAAUCGAUAAUAUGGCUUUUACGACAACAAAAGAUGACAACGAAGAAGAAAAGGCGAUGAAUUCAAUCUUCCAAUCCUUCAAUAAUUUCACAAGUAAGUUUAAAUUUUCUUCGGAUAAAAUCGAUAAUGUUGAGGCCGGUGAGAAACCGAAAGAUGCUGUCGACAAUUCUGCCGAAAAACCACCGAAAGAUGAAUCAAUUAUCGUAGAUUCCGGGGGGGAAUCUAAUUUAUCCCUGGCAGAAAAUAAAGGUAACCAAGGGAACGAGACAGAGGAGCAAAGCUCCAUUGAAACUAAUGAAGGGAAUGCAGCUGAUAUAAAUAAUAAAGAAAACGAUGAUAAAGAAAACGAAUCAACGAAUAUUCCCGAACGAACAAUUUCAGUGCCCGAAGUCACGACGAUCGUGACGGCGCCAGAGCCGAGUGAACCCGAACAAAAGCCGGAUGAAAAAAGAAAGAAAGGCGGGAAAACCGCGAGUCGGUCCGAUAACGUGCUGUUCUUUGAGGGAGCAACGCUGUCGUCUCCUGAUUUGGAGUUAAAGAGAAGACAUAGUACAGACUUUGUGUCGGUGCCGAGACCGCUGAAUGAGGAACUUAUUCAACAGGAUAUGGAGAAAAAGGGAAUCCCAUUCAAGAGAAAAUCGACCAAGAAAAUUCCACAAGGAACUAGAGAGCAAAUGAGACGGGAAAGCUAUUCUCCUCGAGUGGAGCGCAAGUCAAGAUCCUUACAAACGAGCAGUCCUCUUGAGAUAAGACGUAAAACUCUUGCGGAAUUGGCUAUAGAGAGCGGAUACAAGAAUCCCAAAGCACCUGCCGAUAGUGUUGAUGGAUCCAGUGAAACUUUGGAUUCCGAGGAAUCCCACGAAAAGAUAAUCAGCGCUCCAGCCAAAAGUGCAAAGGGUUCAUCAGAGAUUCCGAUAACAGGCGAACUGUACUUAACCCAAGAGUACUGCCAAGAGACCAGAGUAUUCACAGUUCACAUACACACGGCUAAUAACCUGGCUAUUGCCGAUACUAAAAGAAAGACAUCCGAUCCGUACGUGAAAACCUACCUUCUUCCUGACAAAAGAAGCAAAAAGAAAACAAGGACGGUGCGAGACAACUUGAAUCCAGAGUUUGACGAGGUCGUUAAGUACCAUAUCGGAUACGACGAGUUACUCACCCGUACGCUGCUGCUGACCGUGUGGAACGAUGAUCUCUUUAGUCGUGAUGAAUUCCUCGGUGAAGUCGUCAUCCCUCUUGGUUCGUUCGUAGAGAAGGGAAACUCGUUGAUUAAUUCUACUGCAAAGUGGUACAAACUUGGAGAAAAGACAGACUAUGAGGAAAAGUUGACAAUCCCUGAGCUGAUUGUAGCCCUCAAGUACGUCACAGGAGAUAAGACCAAGAAAAAAAGCAAAAAGUCUCAGCCAAUGAAAGGGGAGCUGAUGCUCCAGAUACUAGAGGCCAAGAACCUACCAGGGAAAGAUGCAGAUGGCAUGUCCGAUCCCUUCUGUAAGAUAUCCCUCCUGCCUGACAAGAAAGGGAAAACAAAGCACAAAACUCCCAUAAUCAAACGAUCUCUAAAUCCUUCCUGGAACUACAAAAUGGAAUAUGAAGACUUGAGUAUAGACGACCUUAACGAAAGGGUCUUAGAAAUCACUGUUUGGGACCACGACAUUGCGUCACGUGACGAAUUCCUCGGCGGCGUAAGACUGGGCACGGGUGGAAGUGGGAAUGAAUGGGAUGACUCAACAGAAGAUGAAGCGCAAAUAUGGCACACGAUGUUAAACCGAAGUAAUGUCUGGAUUCAAGUGGUUAUUCCAUUGAGACCAACUAUGGAUUCAAGGAAAAAUAUGUGAAAGCCUAUUAGAGGCUUUUUAUUCCCAUAAAUCCGUGCUAGAAAAUAUUUAAGCUGCUUUUCUUCGGUACACGAGACGUAGACUAUCUAUACUCUACGACUAAAAGAGCUACGAAUUCUUCUAAAGAUAUUUCAGCAAAGGGCUUUAUAAAAGAUACAAGAAAUAUCACUUGUACUCGAAGAAGAAGGAAACUUUUUUAAAAUGUAAUAUGUAGUUAAUGGGAAGGAGACAUAUUCCACUCAUACAGAUAAAUAAUUCAUUGCGAGGAUGCUGACUAAAGGAAAUAUAGAGCAUUAUUGGCGUGCCUUACUAACUCCUAAUCAAAAUUUAUAACCCUCUGAAAUUUUAGUAUUUACAUGGACAAUAUUUAAUGUUCUAGUAAUGCACGCUGUUCAAAGAUUUUAUAGAACAAUAUGGCUGGAGCAAAAUCAGAAAAUAGAUAAAGCUUCUUGCCAAAUAAUUAAUCCGCUAGCAUUGCUUAGAGUGAAGCCUCAUUUCUACGUUCAACACAAGUCUCAUUCUCAUUAUAAGGCUCCCGAAGAAUUUAACGUGUAUUGAGGCCCCGUCCACAUUUAUCCGGAAAUCGAAAAUGUUUGCGUCCACACGCAGCGUAUUCGAAUCGUUUUCACCAUCCCGCACACGUAUCCGUUUUCGUAAAAUUUGCGGAUACGGACACAAAAAUUUCCGGACACGUGUGGACGGUCCUGUAUCCGCAAAAAAAAUAUUUGCGGAUACGUGUGGACGGGGCUUUGAAUCAAUUUAUUAAUAAGGUCAUUAAGCCUCACUAUAUUUUCAUGUUUAAGGUCAGAACUAGCCUCAUUUCAAUGUCAAAAUGUCAAAGAGAGCCUCGUCUUUGUGUUCAACGUCAGCUUCGUUUCCGCGCACAUCGUCAAGAACUACCAAAAUAUGUUAACUUCUGCCUCGUUUUUAUGUUAAAGAAAAAUGUUAACCUCGCUUUCAUGUUUAAGGUAAAGCCUAUUUUAAUAUGUAUAAGUCAGAGCCUCAACUUCAAGCAAGGUCAUUAGUCCUCGCCAUCUUGCAUCAGGUUAAUAUCAGCCUCACAUCAAUGUAAAGUCUUGACAGCGUCACCCUCAUCUUCAUGUGUUUGUCAGCAUCUGUCUGUUAGGUGGCUGUAUCGGCAGUAAAAUCUCGAUCUUUUUACUCAAAUAGUGAGGACACUUUAACUCGUUUAUCUGGACAUCAGAACGAACUUCCAACCAUCUUCAUUUAUUUUAACCUUCUUUAACAGGAAUAACAUCAUGCACGCAGCAUGUUGGCUUUCAUUGUCAGCAUUGCCUAGCUCAACAGACUAGUACCAUUUUGUGUUAGUCAAAAUAGUUAGUAGAGCUACAAACGUUCCUUGAAGGAUUAAAAAUGCACUCGUAUGAA